CCAGCAAUACACACAGACAGGCACGUAGAUAGUGGAAGAGACAUUUUGAAAGAGUAAAAGUCUGGCCGGAACUGAAGCACUUUGUCCUGGGAGCUGCUUGCCAAGCCUUGCGUCUCGCUUCCAGCUCAGACAGGCCUGGGUGGCUUCCACGCAAGAGCAAACCUCCCAUGACUAAUACAUGCGGAUCUAGAUUAUGAGCUCAAACAAGAGCGCUCGCUACAAUCGCUUCUCCAGUGGCGCAGCAAACAUCACGACUUCUGACAACACUAACGGGACGAGAAUGGAAACGACUUUUGGGCCUGCCUAUUCCACGGUGACCACCAUCACGAAGGCUGAUGGGACCAAUACCUUUAAGCAGCACCGCAGGACGCCCUCCUCAUCCAGCACACUCACCUACUCCCCGCGGGACGAGGACGAUGGCAUGCCUCCGAUCAGCACCCCGCGCCGCUCCGACUCCGCCAUCUCCGUGCGCUCGCUGCACUCCGAGUCCAGCAUGUCCUUGCGCUCCACGUUCUCGCUCCACGAGGAAGAGGAGGAACCAGAGCCCCUGGUGUUCGCCGAGCAGCCGUCGGUGAAACUCUGCUGCCAGCUGUGCUGUAGCGUGUUCAAAGACCCGGUCAUCACAACCUGUGGGCACACGUUUUGCAGAAGAUGUGCCUUAACAUCUGAGAAGUGCCCCGUGGACAACGCCAAGCUGACCGUGGUGGUGAACAACAUCGCUGUGGCGGACAUUCACUAUAAAAAUGGCUGCCGGGCUGGGGCCAGCAGCAAGCCCGUGGCCUUCGAGGUGGACCCCCACGGAUGCCCCUUCACCAUUAAACUGAGCGCCCGCAAAGACCACGAGAGCAGCUGUGACUACAGGCCGGUUCGCUGCCCCAAUAACCCCAGCUGUCCGCCCCUCUUGAAAAUGAACCUGGAGGCGCAUCUCAAGGAGUGUGAACACAUCAAGUGCCCUCAUUCCAAAUAUGGGUGCACGUUCAUAGGGAACCAGGACACCUACGAGACGCACUUGGAGAUGUGCAAGUUCGAGGGGCUGAAGGAGUUCCUGCAGCAGACGGACGACCGCUUCCACGAGAUGCAGGUGGCCAUGGCGCAGAAGGACCAGGAAAUCGCCUUCCUGCGCUCCAUGCUGGGCAAGCUCUCCGAGAAGAUCGACCAGCUGGAGAAGAACCUGGAGCUCAAGUUUGAUGUGCUGGACGAGAACCAGAGCAAGCUGAGCGAGGACCUGAUGGAGUUCCGCAGGGACGCCUCCAUGCUCAACGAUGAACUGUCCCACAUCAACGCCCGCCUCAACAUGGGCAUCUUGGGAUCGUACGACCCGCAGCAGAUCUUCAAGUGCAAGGGGACCUUCGUCGGGCACCAAGGCCCUGUCUGGUGUCUGUGUGUUUACUCCAUUGGAGACUUGCUGUUCAGCGGCUCCUCGGACAAAACCAUUAAGGUGUGGGACACCUGCACCACGUACAAGUGCCAAAAGACCUUGGAGGGGCACGAUGGCAUUGUCCUCGCGCUCUGCAUUCAGGGGAACAAGCUCUACAGCGGCUCUGCUGACUGCACCAUCAUUGUCUGGGAUAUUCAGACCCUGCAGAAGGUGAACAUGAUGCGGGCGCACGACAAUCCCGUCUGCACGCUGGUCUCCUCGCACAACAUGCUCUUCAGUGGCUCCCUCAAAGCCAUUAAGAUCUGGGACAUCCGGAACCUGGAGUGUGUCCACGUGCUGCAGACGUCCGGGGGCAGCGUGUACUCCAUCGCCGUGACCAACCAUCACAUCGUGUGCGGCACCUACGAGAACCUCAUCCACGUCUGGGACCUGGAGUCCAAGGAGCAGGUGCGCACGCUGACGGGGCACGUGGGGACCGUGUACGCCCUGGCGGUCAUCUCCACGCCAGACCAAACCAAAGUCUUCAGCGCCUCGUACGAUCGCUCGCUCCGGGUACGUGCAGCCGAGGCGGCAGCGCUGGGAGGCUGGGCCACACAGACUGGCGGUCAUCUCCACGCCAGACCAAACCAAAGUCUUCAGCGCCUCGUACGAUCGCUCGCUCCGGAGCUCCGAAUGGAUUCCUCGAGGAUCCCCGCCAGGAUUUUGCCGGGGACUGAGGUGCGGCUGACCGGUCUGUAG